AUGAACUAUGGAGCCGGACCGUCACAUCUACCUUCUUCUUCUUCUUCUUCUUCUUCUGACGACAAAAUAUGGUCUCAGUACAUUAAAGAUUGGGAGGAAGAUAUGACACAAUGGGAGAAGGAAGAUGAACUCUUAGCUCGCGUACAUGCCUCUAAUAGUAAAAUAAUGACUUAUCUCUCUCAAGAGGCAGAGCGACCAAAGUGUAUUGGCUCAGUUCCUGGUCAUUUGGUGAUCAAUCGCGGGAGGGAAGAAGGUAAUUCUCGACUUUACCAUGACUAUUUUUCUGAUAACCCUACAUAUGGUGCAAACCUAUUCCGUAGAAGGUUCCGGAUGCACAGGAGUUUAUUCCUUCCUAUAGUCGGGGCGGUACGUGAGCAUGACAACUUCUUCGUACAGAAGAUGGAUGGUGUCGGCAAACUUGGGCUAUCAACUUUACAAAAAAUUACAUCGGCAUUUUGCAUGUUGGCGUAUGGAACAUCAGCAGAUAGUACUGACGAAUAUGUUAGGAUCGAUGAGUCAACUGCAAUUGUAUGUUUAAAGAGAUUUUGGAGAGCAAUUGUAGAAGUAUAUGGAGAUGAAUAUGUGAGGACCCCCAAUGUCGACGAUGUUGCAAGGUUAUUGCAAAAGGGCGAAGAAAGAGCAUGGGCAGGACAAUACUCAGGUCGCCAUGGAGGUCCAAUCAUUAUUCUUGAGGCAGUAGCAUCAUAUGAUCUAUGGAUAUGGCAUGCAUACUUUGGCUUACCAGGAUCCAAUAACGAUAUUAAUGUAUUGCAGUCGUCUAAUUUGUUCGACAAUCUAUCACAAGGUAUUGCUUCUCCUACUCAUUACACAAUUCAAGAAAAAAAUUAUGAUGUCGGUUAUUAUUUGGCGGAUGGCAUAUAUCCGAAAUGGCCAACACUUGUUCAAACCAUUUCUAAUUCCGAUGAUAAAAAGAAACAAUAUUUUGUAAUGAUGCAAGAAGCAUGUCGAAAAGAUGUUGAGCGGGCAUUCAGUGUUCUCCAAUCACGAUUUGCUAUCAUCAAGGGGUCAGCCCGUUUUUGGGAUAAACGAACUCUGCAUGAUAUCAUGACUGCUUGUAUUAUAAUGCACAAUAUGAUUGUCGAAGAUGAACACGACGAGCAAGAAGAUGUUGUCAUUUCAACUCCACAAUCAAUUUCGAAUGCUAAAAAUAUGGAGAUAACGGAAACUGAACGAUUCCAACGGUUUCUUGCUCGACAUAAGAGGUUGAAAAACAAAGAAGCUCAUUUUGCACUUCGAAAUGCAUUGAUUGAACAUUUGUGGGAAAGACAUGGAAAUGAAACGAUGUAA